ACAAUGUCUUUCGAAGACAACGUGGUAAUUGUGACGGGUGCCAGUUCCGGUAUCGGUGCUGCAACUGCUAUACAGUUUGCAAAAGAAGGUGCAAAUGUCGUUAUUGUAGCGAAAAAUUUAACUACAAUUGCAGAAAAAUGUGCAGAAGUUGGCAACAAGCCUCUAAUAAUUGUAGCGGAUUUGACCAAAGAUGAUAAUAUAAAACAAAUCAUCGACACUACUAUAUCCCAUUUCGGAAAGUUGAAUAUACUGGUGAACAAUGCUGGUAAAUCCGAAUUUGUAGACAUAGCAUCGGAAGACGUUAUGGAAAAGUUUGACGAAAUAUUUGACAUUAAUUUAAGAGCUGCUGUGUUCUUAACCAGCCUCAGUGUACCACAUCUCAUAAAAAGCCGUGGAAAUAUUGUUAAUAUAUCUAGUAUUGGAGCUCGAGCUGUUCUUUUCCCGGGAAACUUUGCUUACUGUGCUUCUAAAGCAGCUUUAGAUCAUUUCACAAAAGCCGUUUCAUUGGAUUUAGCACCACAUGGUGUACGAGCGAAUUCAAUUAGUCCAGGCCCGGUGAAAACAAAAGCAAUGAACGAUGAUUUUUGGGAAGCAAUGGCUAAACGGAUGGCUCUUGGAAAAGUUAUAGAACCUGAAGAAAUAGCAAAUAUGAUACUUUACAUAGCGAGUGACAAAGCAAAGAGUAUCACUGGAUCUUCAUUUCUUGUAGAUGGUGGAAUGCUGCUUAAAGGCUAAAAAUAAAUAGUAAUUAAGAUGUUUUUUCACUAUUAAU